GGGUCCUCCCAACUCCACAGCGACUGAGCAAGCACUGCCUGUAUUCUCACAGUCUCCUCAGCCUUUCCCGAGAAAACAUGGGCAGACAGAAGCUCUAUUUGGACAAACUGGCCCGGUUCUUCCAGAUCCGUAACCUGCUCCUCCGCCAGGCCCUGGCAGAGUGUCUUGGAACUCUCAUCCUUGUGAUGUUUGGUUGCGGUGCGGUGGCCCAGCUGGUGUUGAGCGGUGGUUCCCAUGGCAUGUUCCUCACCGUCAACUUUGCCUUUGGCUUUGCGGCCACAUUAGGCAUCCUGGUCUGUGGCCAAGUGUCAGGUGGACAUCUGAACCCUGCAGUGACCUUUGCUCUGUGCCUGCUCGGAAGAGAGCGCUGGAGAAAGUUCCCCAUGUUCUUCCUCUUUCAGACAAUUGGUAGUUUUUUCGGAGCUGCUAUCAUUUUCGCCAUGUACUACGAUGCCCUGUGGGACCAUCCAGGAUCUUUCGAAGUGACUGGGCCUAAUGCCACAGCUGGCAUUUUUGCCACCUACCCCGGAAAUCAUCUCACUCUUCUCAAUGGAUUCUUUGACCAGAUCAUUGGCACAGCAGCGCUGAUUGUGUGUAUCCUGGCUAUUGUUGAUCCGUACAACAACCCCAUCCCCAAAGGACUGGAGGCCUUCACUGUGGGGUUUGUGGUUCUGGUCAUUGGAUUGUCCAUGGGCUUUAACUCUGGUUAUGCUGUCAAUCCCGCCAGAGACCUCGGACCACGUCUUUUCACCGCUAUAGCUGGGUGGGGCGGUGAAGUUUUUACGGCUGGAAAUGGGUGGUUCAUGGUGCCUGUCUUUGUCCCAUUCCUUGGAACCAUCGUGGGUGUGAUAAUCUACCAGCUGAUGGUUGGCUUCCAUGUGGAAGGAGAAGCGCGUGACUUUCAAAGCAAGCUGGAGGAGAGUGUCGCACUCGCUGAUGUCCCCAACAAUGACAAAACCAAUGACAAAACCAAAUCCAUGUACUGAUUGUUUUAGAGAGGUUAUACAUUCACAUGUACAUUAUGUAAAUACCGACACUUUGCCGUAUUUUUCCUACAAUAUAAAGAAUGAUUGUGUGCAUAGGGGAAAAAAACAACUUCAGAAACACAGAAUUACAUUAAUUCUUUUUGGAGAUUUGGAAUUGCAAAAGAGUCUAUAGCACUCCAGUUUGAACAGUAUUGUAUGCUUCAUACCAAUAUAUAUUUUUUGUCAGUUCAGAACGUUUGACAUCUGCUCUUAACAUUAGAAUUCUAAAUAAUUGUCAAUAAAUUAGGAACUACUAAUUCAAAAGGCUACAUGAUAAAAUGUACUGUAUGUUUUGAGUAAAAUGAUGCGGUUGUCAACUGUUGUUUAGAGCUGGAAGAUGGUGAAGCUCAAUCCUUCCCAUGACAUUCUUCUAUCUAAACACAACCAAAAUAAAGCUGCUGUCUUCUAACACUAUAACACUACACUAUACGAUGGUAAGGUCCGAAACCGCCCUGCUUACAACUGUUAUGAACAUGAUCAAUUUGCGAACAUGAUCAGUUUGCCUUUUUGUGAGGCAUUAUUGAAGCAUAAUAAUUUGAUGCUUCAGAAUAUAAGAUGACACUGAUAUGUUAUGUACAGAACAAUAUUAAGUGUUAUAUAGUUAUGCAUACUUUGUGCCUAUUGUAGUGUACCUCGUUGGGUUCUAGACUGGUUUGUUUGGACCCUGGUAGUUAAUAUGUAGGUUGAUGGGAACUGCUUUUUUACUGACACAAUAAAGUUCUCCUUUUGAUUGUUGCA